UUGUGUUUCUGGUAUCAUGAUACCCAUCAGACGAGUGGUACGGUUUCUUAAAACACCGUUUCAAUACCAAGCCUGUCUUCUGACUAUGGCAAGACCUUUGACUUUGUGUCAUCUAAACCGAUGGUGUCUCCGAAAGUUCGCAGUAGAACUUGGCGGAGGAACGUAUCCCGUCUAUUUUGCCUUAAACGCAAACCCCUCAGUUAAAGAUUACGAAGACGAUCUGGCAUUUCAAAAGUUAUUCGAUUGCGCAAAAGGUUAUUCUGUUCACGUCUCCACAGGAGACAGAAUACAAAGAGCAAGAUUACAUUGCGACCUUCAAAACACAUUAGUUUCCAGGUUACCCAAAACCUGCAACGUUUUGGAUCUUGUCGACUUUCAGCCAGACGUGAAAAACUCUGUGAUUAAGGGUUUUUUCAUUCAGGACUCGAAGGAUUCUCAGCAGACUGACCGAGUACUUCAAGAACUGUUUCAGAGGCAUUCAUUCAAUCUGUGCACCUAUUUCCGUGAAGAAGACGACAAGUUGUGGUGGCAAUAUGUUUGGUCUCAGACUGAUCACGGGGAGAUGACAGUGGUUAAAAAAAAUUGUGUUGUACCUACAGAAACACCAGUUACCCACCCGUCAGAGACCAAUAUUAUAAACAACGUUGUUUUCUAUAGCUUUGAAGAAGCUUACAACGUUCUAAAGGAGUGUAUAAAGAUAAUCCCUGAAUCAAAACAAGUGUUAGAGGCAGCAGAACAAUGUUUAAGUUCGGUGAAAAGGGGCACCUUUCCUGUGAUUAUAGUAGAAGGAUUGGAUGCAACAGGAAAAACUACCUUGACCCAGUCUCUCAGUCAGGCUCUGGAAGGAUCUCUGCUGAAGUCUCCACCUGAGUGUCUGUCUCCAUGGAGAGUGCGAUUUGAUGCUGAACCCCCUCUGAUCAGAAGGGCUUUCUAUGCCCUAGGGAACUACAUCACUGCAGGCCAGAUAGCAACACAGUCAGCACAUUCACCUGUUAUUGUUGAUAGGUAUUGGCAUAGCACCGCAGCCUAUGCAAUUGCAACCGAAGUCAGCGGGAAAGCGGAGAAUCUCCCAGCCCUGAGCUCUGACGUGUACCGCUGGCCCUCUGACCUGCUCAAGCCAGAUCUCGUGGUGCUGCUGACAGUCAGCCCUGCGGAGCGCCAGCGUCGGCUGCAGGCCCGGGGGGGCGACAAGACGAAAGAGGAGGCAGAGCUUGAGGCAAACCAGCUUUUCCGGCAAAAGGUGGAAGAAGCCUUCAAGAGAAUUGAAGAUCCUGCCUGUGCUGUGAUUGAUGCCGGUCCAGCGAGAGAAGAGGUUUUGAAAGAAGUGCUACUUUUAAUUAACAAUAAAUGCCACUUGUGAAGAUGUGGUCUCCACCGGAAGAAGCCUUCUACUUCUAGAAACCUGAAUGUUUAAGUAGCACUAGAUGGCACUGAAGUGUUGGUAAUCGGCAUUAGAAGCCUGCGUUCAAAAACAUAAGCUCAAGACUAUGGAAUUUACAAAAAAGCACAAAACCAGAAUACAGAACUCUUCAAACUCAAAGAUAUUUUGUCACAUUGUACAUGUUGAAUAUAUAUAUAUACAUACCGUAUAUACAUCUAUGAUAAUUGAGUAUUGUAAAGCCCCUUUUUUCCUGUUAUUUCCUUUCUGGCUAAAAACUGCAUGGACAUCAUGCAUAUCUAUUUCUGUUUUUACCUUUAUUUGGUUAAUGAAAUGAAUCAAUCGGUAGUUUCUUAAAUGAAAUCAGAACACUUGCCUGGUCAUUGUGAGGCACAGUGAAUUAUGUCCAGAACCUGUUACAAUGAGAAAAUAUUUCAAAAGGAAAGGUGGUCCACUGCACCUCACUGUUAAUGCAAGACAAGAUAGGAAACAAAAUGUACUUACAGUGAGAAGAAUGCAGCUGGCUUACACUGCAAAAUUAAAUCAUCAUAUAAAAUCAGUCACACACAGUUGUUUAACUUUGAAUUUUGUUAGAUUUGAAAACGAAUUAACAAGCUUGAAGUGUUCGCUCUGUUUAUCCAUUUGAUUUCUUUCCAUAUGAACACCAUUCUUUCCAUUUGUCAACUGAGACAUCUGUCCUGUGUAGAUAACAAGUUGUCAUUAUUUUAAAAAACAGUUCUCUUACAGCAAUAAAAAGAUGUUAAUUAACUUCAGCUUAAGGUUUUGCCAUUGGUACAAGUUUUUCAUACUAAAGUAUGUGUGUCUAAUAUAAACAUCUGCUGUCAUUUAAAGCGAAGAAGACACAGUGCCAUUUUUUACAAAUGUUUUAAGUAGUUCUACAAUGUUGUUCUUGUGCACGUGUGGGCAGAGGGUGUGGGAAUUGUAUUUAAUAACUUGUGAUAGGAUGCUGUUCUUACUGUAUAUAUAUAUAGCAUAGAAAAAAAUAAACUACCUAAAUUUAUUCAUACGUUACUGCAACCUGAUGCCUGUCUUAAGAGCACAGGGUGCAAGCUGGGAUUGAAAGCACAUGGCUGUUCUUACCCUGGACAGAAAUCCAGUUCAUUGAGGGUCCACAGAGUAAAUGAAAAUGUAUAACAGCCUGUGGAACCUAGCCAGUAUAUCUUUCAAUGUGGAAAGAAGCCAGAACAUGUAGAGAAAAGCUGUACAAACAGCAGGAGAGAACAUGCAAACUCUACACCGAAGGUUUUGCAGUCCAGAAUCAAGCCCAGGAGCUAAGAAGUAUUGAAGCACAGUACUGCCCAAUGCAAAUGCAUAAUACAGAUUUUUGUCUUGUGCCUUGGGAUAUGUUUUGUUAAGUCAGUUAAAUUAUUUUCUGCACUAUCAUAAAACAUCUGAGUUUCAGUCCCUAACUCUCCAGGCUUAAAGUGAUUAGAGCAAAUAGGCUCUGUGUUUAGAAGAUUUAUUAGUUAAACGGUUAGUAUGGCUUGAAAAAUAGACAUGAGACAAAAUGAUAUACCUUAGACCAGUAUUUUACGAACAUUCAUGAUGAGAGUAACUGCCAUUAGUAGAUGUAAUUUACAUGACAAUUAAUGGGAUAUAGCUUAUGUUGUUAUAUCAUUACAUGCAUGCAGAGUGGAAAUUUAAUUUAUGUGCAACAUAAUAGAGAAGCAAGCUUUAUCAGUGUUUCCAUAUUAAAUACCUCUGCAUUGUUUUACACAACAGGAAUGUCCCUAAAAUACAAUGCAGGAUUUUUUAUUACAUGCAACCUGAAUAUUCAUAUUGUUUCUUUGCAUCUCUCAACAAAAUUGUACUCAUGGAAGUGGAAAAACUAUUUAAUAUCUGGGUAUUGAAGAGAACGAAGUAGUGAAGCCAAGUAUAAGCAUGGCAGCAUGAUCAUGACAUCUGUUUUUGACCCAAACUUUUAGGGAUUUUGGUAAAAUGUUUUCUGGGAUGCUGGCUGCGACUGCACAACUGUUGUCUCAAACAAUAUAGAAGAAAUACAACAGACCACAAUAAAUUUGAUGUUGCAUGAA